AUGCAGCUGCAAGCUUUUGUCGCUCUUUUAUCACUUCUCGGGGUCGCUAAUGCCAAUUCCGAACGUCAUGCUCGUCUCGCAAAGAGACAGAAUGCUGGGGCCGUCGUCACGGUUGGUUCGAGCUCUGCUAAUUCGACUUCCUUAUCAUCCGGUGCCCCAACAACGAGCUUUACUUCAUCGACUGCAUCGGCCUUGGGUUCACCCGUGCCAACCACACCCGUUGGCACCACUAUUCCUCCGCUCGUUAAUAUCACUUCCGGCAUGGCGACCCCUUCAACAGUCCCUCUCUCUGCUACUUAUUCCGCAGGCGCUACACCUUUAAUUUCCGGUGCUCCAGUUUUACCUACUCCAUUCGUAUUUCAAGCCGCAAACUGGCCUGCUCAGGACCAGAUUGCACCUACUGAUUCCGACGAGGUUUCCGAAUGGAUGGAAGAACUCGAUGGCUUCAAUAUACCCGAUAUCACUCCUACCGUAGAUGGCACUUGCGUAAACGACGCAGCUGCUGCCGCAGACGCUGCUAGUCGUGGUUGGUGGACUUGCGGUGGUUAUACCCGUGUUACUGAUAUCACCGCUUGUCCGGAUAAGUUGACAUGGGGCGUCAGCUUUGAUGAUGGCCCAGGUUUCUACAGUAUGGAGCUUCUUGACUACCUGGCUUCCAAGAACAUGACCUCGACGUUCUUCGUUAUUGGUUCUCGUAUCGUCGAGCGUCCUCAGGUUCUUGUGGAGGAGUAUAUGUCUGGGCACGAAAUCGCUGUGCACACCUGGUCUCAUCGCCCUCUUACCAUGCUUACAACUGCACAAGUCGUAGCUGAGCUGGGUUGGGCACGUAAAGCUAUCAAGGAUGUCAUUGGUGUUACUCCCACAUUGAUGCGUCCCCCUUACGGCGACAUCGACGAUCGUGUUCGUGCCAUUUCCCUGGCCAUGGGCAUGGUCCCCGUUAUCUGGACUAGCACUGGUACUGGCGCAACGUUUGAUACUAACGACUGGAAGGUUCCUGGCGGUGUGGUCACAGGUCCUCAGUCCUAUGCCACCUUUGAGGCUAUUCUAGCCAACGCAACUAUGCUGAACACUGGAUUUGUUGUUCUGGAGCACGACUUAUAUGCACAAACUGUCGAUCUUGCUAUUGGCUACACGUUGCCUGCUGCUAUGAAUUUUACCCCUACGCUUACUCUCGACUCCAUUGGUCACUGCAACGGCAUUCCAAGUACGAACCUGUAUCGCGAGAGCAACCAAAACACAAGCUUCCCCUACCCAAACAGCACUAGUGGUGACACGUCCGUUCCUAGCGGCUCAGGCGGGAAGGGUAGCACCAGCGCAACUUCUGGUACUUUAUCGAAUGCCAUAAUGCCUAUAUCUAUGGUCGUUGCUUCAUUGUUGGCUGCUGGCGGCUCCCUCCUCAUGUGA